AUGGCGAUGGCAAAUAUUGAUUAUGAUUUUUUGAUGAAAUUUCUGGCACUCGGAGAUUCUGGAGUGGGCAAAACUAGUUUUCUAUAUCAGUAUACUGAUGGACAAUUUCAUUCACAAUUUAUAUCUACCGUUGGCAUUGAUUUCCGGGAGAAACGAUUGAUAUAUACAUAUCGUGGACGGAACCACCGCAUCCAUCUGCAAUUGUGGGAUACUGCCGGCCAGGAACGUUUUCGUUCGUUGACCACUGCCUUCUAUCGCGAUGCAAUGGGCUUCCUGCUAAUCUUUGAUUUGACCAACGAGAAAUCUUUCCUUGAAAUUAGUAAUUGGUUAGAACAAUUACGUAUGCAUGCCUAUUCGGAGGAUCCGGAUGUGGUCUUAUGCGGUAAUAAAUGCGAUUUAGAAUCUGUGCGUGCUGUCAGCCAUGAACAAGUGCGUGCACUUUCGGAUCGUUAUCGCCUGCCCUACAUCGAGACAAGCGCAUGCACCGGUUAUAAUAUAAGACAGGCGGUAGAAAUGUUGGUGGAACGCGUCAUGUUACGCAUGGAGAAUGUAGCUACCAAUUCGGAACUAUCGCGUUUGAUGACACAGACGCGCUGCAUGCCAAAUAUAAACUUCCCGAGUAGUGGUGGGAAUACAGUGCGUUUGGGUUACGGGGAUAUAGAGUUGACGGAGGAGCAACAACGGAGUCGAAAUUGUAAGUGUUAG